AUGUAAUUUCCAAAGCCUCCUCCUGAUCGCAGAAAAAAGAAUUCUUAAAUCAACAAUCAAAAAGCAACUGAAUAAAAUAGUAAUAAUUUAUAUAGGAAGAGUUCUCAUUAGGAAUUAAAUGAUUGUCAAAAUUAAUAAGCUUUGAAGAUCUUUUCUUAUGAAGAAUUAUUCAAAGGCUUAAAAGAAGAAGAUGAAUUAGAAGAAAAUAAUGUGAUUAAAAAAGUGAGAAAAUAAUAAAAUUAAAAAAUGAGAGAUUGCUUGAAAGAAUAUACAAUUUUGUAAGGCUUUAAACAAGACAGAGAAGAUUUGCCAAAACAGUUAAAUAUUAUUCUAUUCGGCCCAACAGGAUCAGGAAAGAGCUCACUGAUAAAAACAUUUUAUUAAGCUCUAAAUGAAGAAGGAGAUCUUCCUCCAGAAAUAAAAAAAGAUUUUGUUAUUUAAACACUGCAUCAUAAUGAAGGUACCAAAAAGUUAACAAGUAUACCAAUAAAAAAGGGUAAGCAUUAACUAAUCGAAACAGGUAAUAGCACAUUUACUAUAGAAAAUAGUUCUAUAAAUUGCUUAGAUACCAGAGGAUAAAUAUUUCUGAGUGAAUAAGAAAUGCAGCAGUUUAACAUAAUUAUAGAAGGUAAAAUUAAAAAUAUGAGUGUUGUCUAACAAAGAAGCUUUAGAUAUGCAUAUUUAUUAUGGGAGUUUUGGAAAAAGAGUUCAGAGCUCUUUCCAGAUGAUAUAUUAGAAGAAAAUUAAUAGUCAUUAUAAAAUUUACCUCACUGUGUUAUAAUAGUCUUUGAUGGAAGUCUUGAUGAAAUACCAAAUGGUGAAGAAGAAACUUAAUUUUACAGAUAGAUGCUUGACUCUCUUAGAAAAAAAAACUAUUUUUAGCCUCAAAUAGUAAUGAGCAGACUUGAUUUAGUAGAAAAAAAGAUGAAAAAUGUGUUUGAUAAACACUAAUAAAUGAGUGAAAAUGAAAAACAAAUGAAAAUGAGCGAAGUUAUAGAUUAAAAAAUACAGUAGGUAGUAAAUAAACUUCAAAUCCCUCGUAGUUCAGUUCACUUUAUAGAAAAUUACAAUCAAUUAAACUAGAAAUUCGAUGAAAAUGUUAAUUAUUACUCAUUGAAACUUUUGCAAGAAUGCACCAAAUAAGGAGAUGAAUUUAUAGAGUCUUAUUUAAUUAAAAAAAAAUCUAAUCAAAAUAUACUAGAAAAAUGCUCUAUUUUUUGA